CUGACAUUUUCUCUGUGGGCACAUCCUGGUUCGGUUGUGCCGUGAAAAUAACUAUCUCCACACCACCAUUCCCCCCCGGCCCUCUCUCUGCUUCAUAUCCCCCGCACAUCAUACAAAAACUACUCUCUCUCUCUCGUAUUCCGCCCUCUGCUUUUUCUCUCUGCGAGAAGCCUAUUUUAAUUAUCAUAUUCUCUCUCUCUCUCUCUCUCUGUGCGAUAGAAUACCAUUGUAUGUUACGAUACAGAUACAGAAGGGAGAUACGGACGCAUUUGCUCAAACGACUCCUUGUUGUUCAUCCUGUAGAAGCAAGCUUUGCUCGUCGCCGACUCGAAGAUCUUUGUAAAUUUCGGUCCUCUGAUUAAACCGUUAUUAUCUGCCGAUUAUGUCGUGUGCUUUGCUUUAUCUUCAAGUGAAUGACCGAGUUGCGUUUUUCCUAGGAUUGUGAUUCUAGUAAGAGUUUUAGCAUGAUUUAUUGAAGAUUAAAAGUCAAUUACGAAGAUGAAGCGGUCUAGAGACGAUGUUUUCAUGAGUUCUCAACUGAAACGCCCCAUUGUGCCCUCCCACGCAGAACCAAGAUCUGGGCAACCUCAAAUGGUUGCUGGAGGAAGCACACAGACACUAACAACAAAUGAUGCAUUGGCUUAUCUCAAGGCAGUGAAGGACAUAUUUCAAGACAAAAAGGAGAAAUAUGAUGAAUUCCUUGAAAUUAUGAAAGAUUUCAAGGCUCAAAGAAUUGAGACAGCUGGUGUGAUAGCAAGAGUGAAGGAACUAUUCAAAGGGCAUAGAGAUCUAAUUUUAGGUUUCAAUACAUUUUUACCAAAGGGUUAUGAGAUAAUCCUUCCACCUGAGGAAGAAACACCUCCAGUUAAGAAGCCUGUUGAAUUUGAAGAAGCGAUCAAAUUUGUCAACAAAAUUAAGGCUAGGUUUCAAGGUGAUGAUCAUGCAUAUAAAUCUUUUCUUGACAUCUUGAAUAUGUAUCGAAAGGAAACUAAAUCCAUAACUGAGGUCUAUCAGGAGGUUGCUACUCUUUUCCAUGAGCAACCUGACCUGCUUUUGGAGUUCACACGUUUCCUGCCUGAUUCAUCAUCAUCAGCAUCUGUUCCCUAUGCUCUAUCUGAUAGGUUCUUCUGCAGUGAUGAUAGGAGCUUUCCUUCACCUGCAAUGAGACAUGUGAUGAAAAGUGUUGACCAGCCAGCUCUAGACCCUGAUAAAGCACUCCUAAGAGAGCAGAGGAGUCAUGUUGGAAAGGAGGAGAGAAGGGAAGACACAGACCGAGGAGACAAGGAACCAGAUGGUAGAGAUUUCGAGCAUAAUAGAAUGCAAUGUUUCCCCCUCAAAAGGAAAUCUGCUCAUAGGAUUGAAGACUUUGUUGCUGACCAAUUACACCAAAAUGGGGAAAGUGCAGAAAACUUUGGAAUGAACCCUGGUUCGUCUUCUUAUGUUGAUAAAACUGAUUUGAAAAGAAUGUCCAGCCAAGAGUAUUCUUUCUGCGAGAAAGUGAAGGAGAGAUUACAAAAUUCUGAUGCUUACCGGGAUUUUGAGAAGUGCCUUGAUAUCUAUCGGAAAAAAAUAAUUAGACGAUUGGAUUUACAAAAUCUGAUUGGUAGUUUACUUGGAAGAUAUCCAGACCUAAUGGAGGAGUUUAAUGAAUUUUUGGCACGCUUUGAAAAGAAUGCAGGAUACUUGUGGGACGAAGGAAAUUCACCCAGACCACUUAAGGUAGACAAUAGGGACAGAGAUCAGGAUCUUGAGAGAGAUGAUAGAGAUAAAGACAGAGAUCAUGAAAAGAGAGAAAGGGAACGCGCUGACAAAGGUGUAUGUUUCCAUAGUAAAGAUGUAGCUACUCAAAAGAUGUCUCUGUUUUCAAGCAAGGAUAAGUAUGUUGGAAAACCAAUUCAAGAACUUGACCUCUCCAACUGUGAGAGGUGCACUCCCAGUUACCGACUUCUUCCAAAGAAUUAUCCAAUCCCUUCAGCAAGCCAUAGAACAGAGAUUGGGACUGAAGUAUUGAAUGAUCAUUGGGUUUCUGUCACUUCUGGAAGUGAGGAUUACUCUUUUAAACACAUGCGCAAGAACCAGUAUGAAGAAAGUUUGUUUCGAUGUGAAGACGACAGGUUUGAAAUGGACAUUUUAUUAGAGUCUGUUAAUGCAACAAGUAGGCGGGUAGAAGAACUGUUGGACAAGAUCGAUGAUAAUACAAUUAGAGCAGACAGUCCUAUUCGUAUUGAGGACCAUCUUACAGCUCUAAAUCUAAGGUGCAUAGAACGUUUAUAUGGUGACCAUGGUCUUGAUGUGAUGGACUUAUUAAGGAAGAAUGCACCUCUUGGGCUGCCAAUUAUAUUACUUCGCUUGAAGCAGAAACAAGAAGAGUGGACUAGAUGUCGUGCUGAUUUUAAUAAAGUUUGGGCUGAAAUCUAUGCUAAAAACUAUCAUAAAUCACUUGAUCACCGUAGCUUCUACUUCAAGCAGCAGGACACAAAGAACUUGAGCACAAGAGCAUUGUUGGUUGAGAUAAAAGAAAUCAGUGAAAAGAAGUACAAGAAGGAUAAUGAGCUGCUUGCUAUUGCUGCUAGCAAUAGACAAUCUGUUGCUCCCCACAUGGAAUUUGAAUAUCCUGAUUUAGACAUCCAUGAAGACCUCUACCAGCUUAUCAAAUAUUCAUGUGGUGAAGUUUGUACGACCGAACAGCUGGAUAAGGUUAUGAAGAUUUGGACAACCUUCCUGGAACCAAUCCUUGGGGUUCCUUGUCGGCCUCAGGGGGCAGAGGACACAGAAGAUGUCAGUAAGGCUCAGAAUCAUAUCCCACUAAAUGGUUCUGUAACUGUUGGUGAAAGUGAUGGUAGUCCAGUUGGUGGUACAACUGUCAUUACUACCAAAGAAUCAAAUCCUGCACAAAAUGGGGUUGCAUAUGAUUUUAAGGGGGUUAAAGAAGGUGGCCCUGACAAUGUAGAUUAUCCUGCACGUAAAAGUGAUACCUUUUGCCAAGCUGUGGCUGGUGAAACAUCUGCUAUAAGCAGACCGGUUACUUCAAAUGAGCAGUUUGUGAACUCAAAAAUGUCCUUGGCUGCUGCAGCAGAUGUAUUUAGUAAAACAGUGAACAUGGAGAACACAUCAGGUUUGCCUCAAGGACUUUGUGCUACUCCUAUUAAGCAUGGAAAUCCUACUGCUGAGGUUGGGCUUGAAAUGAGGCCAUGUGAUAAAUUUUUACCUUCAUCAAAGGGUGGUGAUUGCACAAAACCAGUUUCAUCUUCAUAUGGGGCCAUUGCAAAAGGCAUCAAACUUCACAGAAAUCAGGAGGAAUCCGUUGGGCACUCCAAAAUUGAAAGAGAGGAAGGUGAAGUCUCGCCAAAUAUAGAUUUUGAAGAGGAUAACUUCGCAGGAUAUGAAGGUUGUGAGGUAGAGGCUGCGCUUAAAUCAAGGGAUAAAUCUGCAAGCAGGCAAUGUAAAACUGGGCAUGAAGAGGCAGAAACGGAAAAUGAUGCUGAUGCUGAUGGUGAAGGUGAGCAAAGUGCUCGAAGGUCAUCAGAGGACAGUGAGAAUGGUGAUGUUUCAGCAAGUGAAUCUGCUGAUGGUCAAGAUUGCUCACCCGAGGAGCAUGCAGAGGAUGGGGACCAGGAUGAGAAUGAUAAUAAGGCAGAAAGUGAAGUUGAGGCUGAAGGAAUGGCUGAUGUCCAUGAUGUGGAAGGAGAUGGAACAUCAUUGCCAUUUUCUGAGCAUCUUUUACGGAAAGCAAAGCCUCUCACAAAGCAUGUUCAUCCUGCAUUACAUGACAAAGAGGAGUCUCGCAUCUUUUAUGGAAGUGAUUCCUUCUAUGUGCUUCUUAGGCUUCAUCAAAUACUGUACGAGAGAAUACAAUCGGCAAGGGUUAAUUCGUCAUCUGCCGAAAAGAAAUGGAGGAGUUCUAACAGUGCAAAUACUACGGAUCUGUAUGCAAGGUUUAUGACUUCAUUAUACAAUUUACUUGAUGGUUCUUCUGAUAAUACAAAAUUUGAGGAUGAUUGUCGAGCCAUUAUUGGAACCCAGUCAUAUGUUCUCUUCACCCUAGACAAGCUCAUAUAUAAACUUGUCAAGCAGCUUCAAACAAUUGCAACUGAUGAGAUGGAUAGCAAACUUCUCCAACUAUAUUUUUAUGAAAAAUCAAGAAAACCUGGUAGAUUUGUUGAUGUAGUUUAUUGUGAAAACGCACAUGUUCUUCUUCAUGAAGAGAACAUAUAUCGGAUCGAAUGCUCGUCUGCACCAACUCAUUUGUCCAUACAGCUUAUGGAUAAUGACCAUGAUAAGCCAGAAGUAACUACUAUUACCAUGGACCCUGAUUUUGCAAGGUAUCUCCAUGAUGACUUCUUGUCACUUGAAGGUGACGAAAAGGAGAACCCUGGGGUUUUCUUGAGAAGAAAUAAAUGCAAAUGUGUAUCCGGAGAUGAAUGUUCUGCUCUAAGCCAAGCCUUGGAGGGGCUCCAGGUUGUCAAUGGUCUUGAGUGUAAGAUAGCUUGCAAAUCAUCCAAGGUCUCUUACGUUUUAGACACAGAAGAUUACUUGUUCCGACCAAGAGGAAAAAGGAGAGCUUUGUGUUGUGAUACCUCAUGCCAUGACCAGAGAAAGUCUAAAAAUAGUCAUCUAAACAGAGUAGAACGAUUCCGCAGAUUGCUUUCCGGGUGAUGAUAUACUUUUUUUUGCAACAGAUCAUAGGAGAUUUGCUUUCAACACAAGGUCUGGAAAGUGGAGAUAGUUGCAUGCUGGCGUCGCGAUGUUAGUGGAGCAACCGUCUUCGAUGCAAGUACGCGCUCUCUUUCAAUCAAUCAACAAAUUUGCGAAGAAACAAGGAAAGGGCGUUGAUAGGAAAAUGGUUCAUUUUGCGAGCUCUGCCGCCGCAUUUUUGGCUCAUAAUUGGUCCCCAAUGAUGUAAAUAGAAGGUAACAUGCAAUGUAGCGUAGGAUGGGUAAAGAUGUUCAUUUCAUUUUAUUUCAUUCAUUGACCUUAAUUCUUUUGUUUGGCUUUUGUAUUCUUCCCAGUCCAUUCGAGAACUUUUGUUC